AUGAGUACAGCGCAGCAGGGCUCUGCGGCCCCCCAGCCAGUAUCCAUCGUAGAGUCCAUUGUAGUCGAUGAGAACGGUAAAAAGAAGAAGAUCAUUCGGAAGGUAUAUGCAAAAAAGCCAGGGGCGGAAACAUCGGGGACUCAGCAGGUUAGUGUGCCGGGAUCCAAGGGCGACCCGCUCUCUCACUCCAUGAUUGCCAAUGCGACGGAGGAAGACAUCGCUCGUAUUGCCCAGUCUCUUAUAGAUCGCCUGGAUGCUCCCAGUGCGCCUGGGACGCCGAAUCGCACCACCAUGCAGCCCCCGCGCACCUCAACAUCGAGGUCUGGCUCCAGGCAAAAUAAUAGAAUGACAUCAAUGAUGGCCGAUCGCCAAGAGAACUCUUUCAUGCGCAGCCAGGCGGAUGCGUCGGGGUUCUAUGAGGAGCCAGUGGUCAUGGCUCAAACAUCGAGGAAGUCUCCAUCUCCGCCCCCGGUGCCUGCGAAGUCCCCCAGUGGGGUGGGAGGGUCGACUCCUUCUAGGUCUCCACGCGGGUCCCAGGUUUCUCAGUUCGGAGGAAAGUCUCCCACUUCCCAUCGCUCCCCUGCGGCUAGUCACCGAGACGCUUCUGUCCGCAACCAAUCCUUCCGUGAUCAAUCUGUCCGUAUGAAUGAGAGCAUGACCAGGGAUCGCCUCGACGAAAGCACAAGGGGGUCUGUCUCUGGGAGACCGAGAUCCCGCGGUGACAUGUCCAUGAGAACCAAGCAGAGGUCGACGUCUGCCACACCCAACCUUGGCGGGCAGAGCACUAUGCGCUCCACUUCUCGUGGUGGUGCUGUGGGUGCUCCUCAAACUCCUGGGCGCAGUCGCUACGAUGACAGCGAGAUGUUCACUACGAUGACAGCGAACGACCAGGACAUGGUCAAUCGUCUACGAAUACAGCUUAUGAAUGAGCGCAAGAUGACUGAGAAGUACAAGAAGGACUUGGACCUCUUGACUAACCGUGAAGAAUUGGAGAACAUGCGCUAUCAGAUAAAUGAACUGAGGAAGCAGCUCAAGGAGAAGGACCACGAGCUUUCUUUACUUAAAAAGACCAGCGCCAGCAAGGAGCGCGCCUUCAAACAGGCCUUCGAUGCAGACGCAAACGGACAGACCUCCAUUGAUCGCUUGAGAAACGAGCUCCAAGGGGCCGAAACGCUGAUUACCGGGCUCAGGCGUGAAAAGCAGGCUCUGCAGGAAAAGAAUGAUGAGAUGGAGCGCCGAGAACGUCGCCUUUUGAAGGUCCUGCCGACCGUGUACUAUCGCAUCACCGGUCAGCAAAAUGGCAACUCAGAGGACCCUGCCACGCUUAUUGAGUUGGUUUACAAUCAAUUUAAUUCGAUGGCUAUCGAUUUGCGCGACUCCCUGCUGGCACGCGACAAGCUUCACCAGAAGGUAGACUCAUUGACCAGUGAGCUGCAGCGAUGUGGGAAGGACCUAGAAGUUGCUGUUAAGUCUAUUGAAAAUAGCAGAAGGCGCAGCGAUGGGGAGGUUUCGAAGUACAAAGAAACGAUAUACGACCUUGAGAAUCGCAUCAUGGGCUUCGCUAAGGAGUACGAGAACCUGCUGAAACAGUAUAAGUCAAACGUAUCCAGUGGUGACGCUGUCCUCAAUGCUCUCAAUACAGGGGACUUCUCUAUGAUGAACUCCCAGACGGGCGCAUAUAACUCAUAA